AUGUCAUCGAACCGGUACACUGCUCUUCCCAGUCGCAUGUCGCUGAUUGCUUUCAAAACCCGCCUAAAGGGAGCUCAAAAGGGACACUCGCUCCUAAAGAAGAAAGCGGAUGCACUCGCUUUCCGCUACCGCACUGUUAUGGACGAAUUGCGGCGUGCAAAGCUGGAGGUGGCGGACCAAAUAAAGGGUUCCUAUUUUACCAUCACACAGGCACAAUUCAUUGCGGGCGACAUUAGUCUUGCUGUACAGGAGUCGUUGAAACUUCCCACAUACACUUUGACAUUACGCGUAGAUAACGUGGCUGGUGUUCGUGUACCCGCUUUUACGGAACGUAAUAGCCGUGAUGAGUCCACAGCUGCCGGUGGUAAUCAACAGAACAAUAAAUCCAGGAGUGGAGUUAACAGUUACGGAAACUACGGGAGUGGAGGCGGCCCUAGCAAACAACAAGCAACAAGCGCCGCCGGUAUCGGUCGUGGUGGCGAGCAACUUCGAGAAGCCCGAGAUGCCUUCCGCGAAACACUCAAACUUUUCGUGAAAAUUGCCUCUCUUCAAGUAAGUUGGAUGACACUCGACGUCGCUCAGAAAGUAACAAGUCGACGUGUAAAUGCACUAGAGAAGGUCGUUAUCCCACGAAUGGAAAACACGUUGAAUUACAUCUCCUCUGAGCUUGAUGAGCAGGAACGUGAGGAGUUCUUCCGUUUGAAGAUGAUUCAGAAGAAGAAGAAAAUUUUACAGCAGAACAAAGACCGCAAAGAAGCUGCUGAUAAUGCCGCUGCUGCAGCUUCGAACCUUCUGUCCAUGAGUCCUGGUAAAGAUGAUAAUGAUGUGACCGAGGCGGAUCUUGUUGUGUAG